GGUGCAUUCAAUUCAUCCAAUGUCUGUUUGUUGCACACUUGUCUGUUCUGUCUGUCUGUCUGUCUGUCUGUCCAUCCAUCCUUGGAUGCAUUCGCUUAAAUUGUCACCCACCCAUCCGCUGGCGAGGCGUGGCAGGUCUGGCCUGCCUGCAUGCCUGCCUGCCUGCCUGCCUUGAUGCCCUGCACCCACCCGCUGCAGCCAGCAGCCCUACUCCUCAAAUCUCCCUAGUUAGUGCAUCGAACUAAGCAAGCGGCACAUACCAUGUAUGGAAAUACAUAUGUAUGCUCAUUCAUGAGACAUGCUGCACAGCCAGCUGCCAGCCAGCCAGCCAGCCAGCCAGACAGACAGACGGACGGACGAGCAGACCACACACACACACACACACACACAGAUGCUCACGAUUAGUCUCUGCAGCCACCCAUGUAGUGAUUGACUGUACAAACCGCCCGCCUAUAUGUAGCUAUUCUCAUUCUUCCUCCCUCCCUCCCUCUCUCCCCCUUUCUCUGUCUGUCUCUGUGUGCCAGCUAUACAUGCGCUGCCUCGCUGUGCCGGAGCUCAUGGCGCUUGUGCCCAAAUGCCUUCCACGGCUCCCUCUCGACCCACACAGAUGAUGCCACCCUGUCAGCACACACACACACACACACACAUAGGCAGGCAUCACACACAGCAGGUGAGAAUGCAUGCAUAUUUAUCGGCCGAGCCUCUGCCUUCCCCCCCGCCGACCGACCGACUUACUUAUGGACAAUGGCGUGUCUGGCGGCGAGUUUAUGUCGGUCGUCGUCAUAGCCGCCGCCGAUGACGCAGGCCACCGGCACGUGUGCGUCCAUGCACGUCUCGAUGACAAAUCGGUCCCUAUCAGCCAGGCCCCUCUCGGAUAUCUGGAGCUCGCCUAGCUUGUCACCAGCCCACACAUCCACGCCCGCAUCGUAGAGGACCAGGUCGGGCCGCUCGGACGAUAACAACGAAGGCAACACACGGCGCAGCGUGUCGAGGAACUGCUCGUCGCCAGUGCCGGCCGCAAAGCUCACGUCGAGGUCGGACCUGAUGGAUGGAUGGAUGCAUGGCAACAAACACGGUGAGUGACAGAGUUGCAUCGUGUGUGCAUCCGCUGCUUACUUUUGUUUCCUGAAUGGGAAGUUUUUCUCGCAGUGGAAGCUGAGAGUAAAGACGGACGGGUCGUUGGCGAAGAGGGCGGCGGUGCCGUCGCCCUGAUGCACAUCCAAAUCGACGAUCAGGAUCUUACUGACGUUGCAACCACACGAAGGCCGAAUGAAUGAAUGAGUGAGCCGUGCAGGCAGGUAUGUUUUUAUGCCCUCGGAUUUCUUCCUCACUCACUCACUCCCUUACUUGGCUCGUUUUUGCUGCUGGAUGACCUUUGCCGCGACCGCAAGAUCGUUGAAGAUGGUGAACCCGCUCCCCCAAUCCCAGUGCGCGUGAUGCGUCCCACCUACACUCCCCACACACAUAUAUGCGCAUCUCAUCCUACAUGACAUGUGUGUGUCAUCUCCGUCUCUCCAUUUCGCCUCACCUCCCAGAUUGCAUGCCAGCCCGAAUUCCACCGCCAGCUGGGCAGUGAGGAUCGUCCCAGACACCUCCAGCAGCGUCCGCCUCACCAGCGGGGGGCUCCAGGGAAACCCAAUGCGGCGCAGCUUCAUCGGGUCGAGCGUCCCCUCGAUGAACGCCCCUACAUACCCCGGCUCGUGAACCAUCAUAAGCCACGCCUCAGGCAGCUCCGGCGGGAUGAAGAAGCAGUCCCUGGACACCCCCUGCUGCUCUAUGAGGUGCCGGUGAAGGGCCGCGAACUUCCACAUCUUGAACCGGUGGACGGACGGCCAUGAGGGGCAGGUGUACUCGGGGUGGUACACAAAGGGAGGAUGCGGGUGGUCCACUGGGUGGCAGCCCGCAGCAAAGUCGAAAGGGGCACCUGUGCGGGGGAAGAAGCUCUCAUGCUUCGGCCCGCUGCGAUGAGUCGACAGCCUCCGGUGAUGCUGUGGAAGGGGGGAAAGUGGACGACCUACAGCGGGCGGCACAGAGGGCAAAGGGUUCUGUCGCGUCAGCUCCUUCUUGAAAGGAGCUGUGGCGUCAGAUGGCGGCCAUGGGAGGACCGUGGGACCCACAUCGCUGUCACGAUAGAGCUGCGCCCGCGCCUCCAGUCUGUGUGUCUUCCUGUGGAUGAGGGGCUGCAGGGGGAUGAAAGACGUGCCGGCAGAUAUGGACGGCUUGGCGGCUGCAGCAGCAUUGGGCAGGAUGGGCAGGGCGGUGCUGAAGGCAAUUCGUCCCACGAAUCUGCACACCGCUCGAGGGAAGAGAGAGGCAUCCAUGAUAUAUCUUUGAAGAUCUUCAACGACCUCCGGGAUGGGAUGCUUGUCCGGAGGUGUUGAAGAUCUUCAAUGCGUGAACAAGCU